CCAUGUAGAGUAAAUAUGCCCAAAAGCAAGGUUUGCAGAUGUGGACAAAGAAGAACGGAGUCAAAAGUCAAGAUUAUGGGCUUGAACAACAGACACGAUGACAGUGAUGCCCAGGAAAACGGAAUUAGUUCAGAACGCAGGAAGGAGAAAUCCAGAGAUGCAGCCAGAUGCCGAAGAAGCAAGGAAUCCGAAGUCUUCUUUGAACUUGCUCACCAGCUGCCUCUACCUCACACGGUGAGCGCACACCUGGAUAAGGCCUCCAUUAUGAGACUGACCAUCAGCUACUUGCGCAUGAGAAAGCUGUUGGAUACUGGUGACGUGGAGACAGAAGCCAAAAUGGAAAAGGAGCUGAACUGCUUUUACUUAAAGGCCCUUGAUGGAUUUGUUAUGGUGCUUUCUGAAGAUGGCGACAUGAUUUACAUGUCUGAAAACGUGAACAAGUGUAUGGGCCUCACACAGUUUGAUCUGACUGGACACAGUGUGUUUGAUUUUACUCAUCCUUGUGACCAUGAGGAGUUGAGAGAAAUGCUUACGCACAGAAAUGGUCCUGUGAAAAAGGGCAAAGAACAGAACACAGAGCGUAGUUUUUUCCUCCGAAUGAAGUGCACGCUGACUAGCAGGGGAAGGACAGUGAAUAUAAAAUCUGCAACAUGGAAGGUACUGCAUUGUACAGGGCAUAUUCGUGUGUAUGACACAUGCAACAAUCAGACUCACUGCGGGUAUAAAAAGCCUCCUAUGACAUGCUUGGUGCUGAUCUGCGAACCUAUUCCACAUCCAUCAAAUAUUGAGGUUCCCUUGGACAGCAAGACAUUCCUUAGUCGUCACAGUCUUGAUAUGAAGUUUUCCUAUUGUGAUGAAAGAAUUACAGAGCUGAUGGGAUACGAGCCAGAAGAACUAUUGGGUCGCUCCGUCUACGAAUACUAUCAUGCCCUGGAUUCUGAUCAUCUGACCAAAACACACCACGAUAUGUUCACAAAGGGGCAGGUGACCACAGGGCAGUACAGAAUGCUUGCUAAACAAGGUGGAUAUGUUUGGGUUGAAACUCAAGCAACUGUUAUCUACAACACUAAGAACUCACAACCACAGUGCAUUGUGUGUGUAAACUAUGUAUUGAGUGGUAUUGUCCAGAAGGACUUGAUUUUCUCCCUUGGACAAACUGAAUGCAUGUUGAAACCAGUGGAGUGCCCUGACACAAAAACGACCAAAAUAUUCAACAAGACUGACGUGGAAAAUACCAACAGUCUCUUUGAAAAACUCAAACAGGAACCAGAUGGUUUAAUGCGGUUGGCACCAGCUGCUGGAGAUACAAUUAUCUCACUAGAUUUCAGCAGUAAUGAGUCUGAUGAGCAACAAUGUGAUGAAGUUCCUUUGUAUAAUGAUGUAAUGCUCCCCUCAUCCAGUGAGAAAUUGCAGAGUAUAAAUUUGGCAAUGUCCCCACUACCUGCUUCUGAAACUCCAAAGCCACUUCGUAGCAAUGCUGACCCUGCACUCAAUAGAGAAGUUGUGUCAAAGCUGGAGCCAAACACGGAACCACUAGAACUCUCAUUUACCAUCCCUCAGAUGCAAGAAACGCCUGACAGUCCCAGUGAUGCAAGUACCAGCCAAAGUUCACCUGAGCCCAGUAGUCCAAAUGGCUAUUGCUUUGAUGUGGAUAAUGAGAUGGCUAAUGAAUUUAAACUGGAAUUAGUGGAAAAAUUCUUUGCGAUAGACACAGAAGCGAAAAAUCCAUUCUCUACUCAGGAAACAGAUUUAGACUUGGAAAUGUUAGCUCCAUACAUCCCAAUGGAUGACGACUUCCAGUUACGUUCCUUCGAUCAGCUUUCUCCACUGGAGAGUGCGUCUGCUGGCUUACAGAAUACAGCCACCAUCACCAUAUUUCAGCAAACUCAGACCCCAGCUAUUACUCCUGAUGAAAUCAAGCCCGUGUCAACAGAACGCGUGGAUGACAUGAAGACACUAAUUGUUUCUUCGUCUCCAGUCCACAUAAAAAGUGAAACCAGCAGUGCGCCAGCGUCACCGUAUGGUGGGACUCGAAGCCGAACUGCCUCUCCAAUCAGAGCAGGGAAGGGGACGUUAGACCCGACGGAGAAAUUGUGUCCAGGAAUGCCCAGUUUGUUAACAGUUACUUUAAGUAAAAGGUCUACGGCAGUGGAUGAGGAGCUGAGCCCAAAAAUGCUAGCUUUGCAUAAUGCUCAAAGAAAACGAAAAAUGGAACAUGACGGUUCUCUCUUUCAAGCAGUUGGAAUUGGGUCUUUAUUCCAGCAGUCAGGUGAUUGUGGACCAAACGCAUCGCUUUCUUGGAAACGUGUAAAAGGCUGCAAAUGUAACAGCCACAAUGGAGUGGAGCAAAAGACGGUCAUUCUGCUAUCGACGGAUAUAGCAAGUAAGCUCCUAGGGCAGUCGAUGGAUGAGUGUGGACUACCACAACUUACAAGUUAUGAUUGCGAAGUAAAUGCUCCCAUACAAGGCAACAGAAACCUGCUACAAGGUGAAGAAUUGCUCAGAGCUCUGGAUCAAGUUAACUGAGCUUUCCCAACACUUGUUCCUUUUUCUGGACACUGGUGAAUCAUCACCGAAAGCAGUCUAUUUAUAUUUUCUAUAUCUGAUUUUAGAAGCCUGGCUACAAUACUGCACUAAUUCAGUUAGUUCAGUUUUGAUCCCCUUUCUACUUAUUUUGACAGUCUUUUUAAUAUGUUCAUUAUGUAAUAACUCGGAUUAUAGUGCAUUUUUAUAAUUCUUUGGUACACUUUAAGUCCAUUACAUUUAAAACACACUUGCAAUAGCAGCUUUGAAAUAUGCACCGAAUUUUUCAAAACAUAUUUAUUUUUUUGGCUGGGGAGGUCGGCACCGAAAUUUUAAUAUUAUCAAUCAAAUGUCAACACAGUAAGACAAGCAAUGCUUCCAUCCUACUCUUCACAGGUAUUUGGAAGAUUUUUGUUCUUACUUAUGUCCAAACAAAUUUUUAUUUUAAUGAUUUUUUUAUAAGAAGCAACAAUGCUUUGCAGCAGUGCAUUGUAGCCACAAUCGCACAAUAUAUUUUCUUAAAAAAAUACCAGCAGUUCCUCAUGCAAUAUAUUCUGCAUUUAUAAAACUAGUUUUUAAGGAGAAGAGUCUUGUUUGUUUGUUUGUUUUAUUGCCUAUGAAAUCAUGUUUAAACCUGGAGUAUGUCAUUGUUUUUAGUCGCGUUGUAAUAUAAACUGUUCUUAAAUGCUGUAUUAUGCUUUCGACUGAAAUGAGUGUGAUUAGUAAAAAGGAAGGGUUUUAUCUGGAAAGGGCUAGCAGCAUUUUAUUUGGAUUAAUUCUCAAUUUAGAGAGAGGGUUUGAUGUUCCUAAUGUAGUCACUUUGCCAGCUCAAAAAGAAAUGCCCUACCUGUAGUUGUGGAAGUUUAAUGCUAAUAUUGUGUAUGAUCUUUAAAUCUAAAUGUUCUGCUUACCCUGUGUGGUAUAAGUGAUAUUUCAAGCAGAUUGUAAAACAUCAUGCAUUGUUAACAAAGUUGCCUAGUACAUCAUUGAGUUGCUCAGUAUUUGAUGUUUCGGUUUUAUGCACCUUGUUGCGAUUAACAUCCGUAUGUUUUCACGUAGAUUUCAAUAACUGAAUAUACUUAGAAACCCUUUUAUUUAGAGAGAGCUAGUUGUCACAAACAUCUUAUUUUCCUAUAUGUACUGUACAAAAAAUUCAUUUGCUCAUUCUUUUGCUCUUUGUGGUUGGAUCUAACACUAACUGUAUUGUUUUAUUACAUCAAUAAACUAUAUGUGGACCAGG